AUGUCUGCCACUCCACCUCCCCACGGCGGUACAUCCACUCCGGCAACGGACGCCGACAUGGCCGCACAGCCAGCUGCCAACAGGUGGGGCACCGUCUCGGGCGGCCUUCGCAGCCCUCCGCCUGCGCCCUCCUCCGGUGCUGGCGUUCGGCGCAACCACACCAUCCACGGCGCCCGUCAUCAUGGCAAGCCUCGCCUCGAAAAGCACUUCGAACAGCCAGAGGAUUAUCCAGCCUCUCCCUCCCUCGAUUCCAACGCCGCCCAGGCAGCAGCUCCACACACCGACAGCAGCGCCGAUGCCGCCCGCUCCAUCGACGCCUCGGCCGAUCUCCUCUCCUCUCCGUCCAGAAGCUCCGACACCUCGGCCGGCUUCGCCUCAUCGCUCACCCCCCUGCAGGCUUUGUACUCCAAGUCGAGCGUCUCGAGGAAUCUGUCGUUACCCAGCCGCCACUCCUCCAAGCUGGCGGCAAAUCUACCUAGCAGCGCCACUCAGGGUCGCAACAGCGCAUUCAACAGUCUCUCGGCCAUCACCGGUGGCUCCGACCUCGACGAGCACGAUUGGGAAAAGAUGAUCCAUUCCAGCAACGCCCUCGGCGACGAGCACCAUCAGGAUCCGAACGCUUCCCAUACCCAUCUCCCCUGGUCCUCUUCUCUCUUCUCGCAAGCUCCGUCAUCCCACCCAGCCUCGCCCACCGCACGCUCUGAGCUCUUCCUCGACACGCAUCCGCGCAACGGCACCACGGCCAUCGCCGGCUCGUUCGAUCCGGCUUCAGCAACAGCAGACCCUGCCGCCGCACGCGCAUCCACCGGCUUUGUGCGCCGUCACCAGUCGCUCAACCACCAUUCCGGUCGCACCGCCGCCCAUCGUCUCGCCACCCGCUCGUCCGGCCUGAACAGCCGCUUUGCUGGCGAUGACGCCGAUGUGCUCGGCCACUCCGACCCGGUCUUCAGCCCCGCACGUCCCACCGCAAGCCUGUCCGCGGCAAGCAGCCCGGUCAUGCCCACUUCGUUCUCCAAGGCCCCGUGGAACCACCCCUCUCAGGAUCCCAUCGGAUCUCCCUCCCGCUUUGCCGCCUCCUUCCCCGCCCACAACCUCGACGGCACGCACUCCAGGAUGCAGUCCGGCCUCGACGCGCCUUCCUCUUCGUCUCUCUUGGAAAUUGGUGACACUCUCUCCAACCUUGACCUUACCGGCUCGUCCCCGGCGCGCGCAGGCGAGGAUCUCUUCGACAUUCCGCCAUCCAACGCAGCCUCCGCUUCGCAUCUUGCCCACAGCCAUGCCAUGCAGCCCAGCCUGUCCGCCUACAGCAACGACGCCGACGCUCGUUCCGCAAGCGCCAAGAGGCUGCCACAGCUCGUCACCACCCGAGAGGCACUCCAAGGCGCCCACAGAGCAGCACCCAGCAACUCUUUGCCGCCCGGCCCCUUGUCCGCGUCGGCAUUCGUGCCACCCAUCGGCCAUGCGCACUCGCGCAACCAGUCCAACGAUCCCAACGGAUCCUAUGCGCCGCUCUUUGAUCCCGUCUCCUCUCGGCUCGGCCCCUUCACCGCAGCGCCCACAGGCACCUGGCUCGACAAAGAUGCCAUCACCGGUCGCAGCGACGCUGGGCCCGGCGCUGCUCCAAUGCCCGACUCGCAAGCAUGGCCGAUGCAGGCGUCCGCAGCACCCUUCGCAUCCAUGGGAAUGGACACUAACGUCAUGGCGCUCAGCAUGGCGCUUGCGCAGGAGCAGCAGCGCAACGCCAUCCUCCAGGCACAGCUCGGCGCCCGCCACGCCGCGCCGGGUAUGCACGAGCCGCACCUUUUUGGCAUGCAACCCAUCGACCUCCAUGCCAACACGCAGUCCAUUGGCCAGCAGCUCCGGGGCGCGCCCCUGCCCGGUUCACCGCCCGUGGGCAAUAUGACCAACCUUCCAACGCGAGGCGGAGCGUUCCAGAUGCAGCCGCCGCUGCCACACGCGCAAUACCGUUCGCCGCCCCCCGCACACGCAGCGCUUGGUCGUGGCGGCGCACCACAUGGGCCCGCCCAAGACGGCGAAGCCGACGCGCCGACGCCCGUCGAUCCCACCUCGCUCGCCAUCGAGAAGGGCUACAACCCGGCGCCGGGCACGUUUGAUCUGGCGCCGGCCAAUGCGCGCUUCUUUGUGAUCAAGUCGUACACGGAGGAGGACGUGCACAAGUCGCUCAAGUACGAGAUCUGGGCAUCGACCGACAAGGGCAACCAGCGUCUCGACAAGGCGUUCAGAGAGAGCGCAAGCAACGGACCCAUCUAUCUCUUCUACUCGGUCAACGCGUCUGGCCACUUUUGCGGCAUGGCGCAGAUGCUCACGCCUCUCGACUACGCCACCUCGAGCAACGUGUGGGCGCAGGACGGCAAGUGGAAGGGCACGUUCAAGGUGAGGUGGAUCUAUGUCAAGGAUCUGCCGAACAACCAGCUAAGGCACAUUCGGCUCACCAACACGCCCGAGUGUAAGCCAGUGACGCAGUCGCGCGACACGCAGGAGCUGACGCCCGAGGCGGGUCGAGAGGUGCUGCGCAUCAUGGCCGACUACACGCACAAGACGAGUCUGCUUCAGGACUUUAACUUUUACGAGAUGCAGGGACGUGCUGGCACUCAGCCCAGGCCAGCUAUGGGCAGCCCAGCGAUCAGCAUGGCGGGUUUGCCGCCGCGCAACAGUCCCAAGCCGGGCGCCUCGCCUGCGCUCGCGUUCGGUCUGCCCUUCCCCACAAGCCCGGACGCAGCAUACGCAGCACGCAAUGCCGUCUCGCCCAACGCAGCGUCUCGCCGUGCGCCAGCCUCGGCCACUCCGCAGCGCAUCCAGAGCGUCUCUGGGCUCGGUCUGGCGCCGGGCACGCCACGCAAGCCCAACCGAAUCCCCGAUACGGACCCCAAGCUCGAUGCGGCCGCGCAGGUGGACGCGCAAAAGAGCGCCAUCGAGACCGCGCACUCUGCCGGCCUCGCUCCCUCGGCGCUGUAG